CGGGGCUGACAGUACACCGCGGAGAGCGUCCUGGUCGCGAUGUCGCGCUCGGUGAUCUUCGCCCUGGUCGGGCUGCUCUGUCUGACUGGCCUGGAUGCUGUCCUGCGUGCUCCGAGGGUUCAGGUUUACUCUCGGCACCCACCAGAGAAUGGAAAGAUAAAUUUCCUGAAUUGCUAUGUGUCUGGAUUUCAUCCAUCUGACAUUGAUAUUACCAUGUUAAAGAAUGGAAAGAAGAUAGAAAAGGUGGAGCAGUCAGACUUGUCUUUCCACAAGGACUGGUCUUUCUAUGUGCUGACCCAGACCGAAUUCAUCCCCAAUGACAAGGACGUACUCUCCUGCCGAGUGAAUCAUACCGCUCUCAAGGAACCGCUUUUUGUUAAGUGGGAUCGAGACCUCUAAUCAGCAUCAUGGAGGUUUGAAAAUGCCUGAUUUGGACAAGACUAAUUUCAAAUACUGAGCUUUUUUUCUUGUUAAUAUUGGAUAUGCUUGUUUACUUCAUGCACAAAAUUUAGGAAGUUAUGAUGUCUUCUUUAUAAUUCUAUGUUGUGCAGGCCCAGGCCAAACACUAAACCUCUGGGUGAGCUCAAACCCUCUGGUUUUAGGGUAAGGACUGGCAACUUAGGUGGGAAGGAAAGAAUUUUCAUGUUCAACAUCAAUAGCUUGGUCAAAUUGGAACUCUGCAAACUUCUCUGCACAAAAACUGGAUAGUAACAGUUAUUUCUGUUCAAGUUAACCCCAGUCCGCACGCUUUGCUUUUUAGAAAUAUAGAAAAUAAUGAUAUUCAACUGCUGGAAAUAUUGGAAGGAUAUUGGAAUGUUUUAUAAUGGAUUUUCUCAUAUAAAAUUCAUAUUUACGUCUGUUAAAAUGAGACAUGAUUGACAGAUUUUGUGUUAUUAAUUAAAACAAUGGGAAAACUUUA